GUGGCGAGUGCGGCGGCCGCGGCGGGGCCACGACCCAGACAUCUAGAACUGUUGUUGUUCUCUCUCGGUGGGACCGCCACAGUCUGGUCGCCCAGAGAGACCAGGAGCUGGUCUCGUUGGGAGCGGGGCGGCCGCGUCCCCCCCUCUCUCCUGCUUCCCCCGAAGCUGCGGCAGGAGCUGGCACAAACAUCCUGCGGUUGGUCUCUGAUGCCCUUCAGUGAGGAGGGGGCGUCGGGAUCCUGGUGAGCGCACGUCAAGCCCCUCCAGCUACGUGUCUUCGCCGGCCCCCCAGGCCCGCACACCCAAGUCUGGCUGCCAUGGCUGAAAACGCCGAGGGGGACCUGAACUCCAACCUACUCCACGCCCCCUAUCACACCGGGGACCCUCAGCUAGACACGGCCAUCGGGCAGUGGCUCCGUUGGGAUAAGAAUCCCAAGACAAAAGAGCAAAUUGAAAAUCUGUUAAGGAAUGGGAUGAACAAGGAGCUGCGAGAUAGACUUUGUUGCCGAAUGACUUUUGGAACUGCAGGACUUCGUUCUGCUAUGGGGGCAGGAUUUUGCUAUAUUAAUGAUCUUACAGUAAUACAAUCAACACAGGGGAUGUACAAAUACCUUGAGAGAUGUUUCUCAAACUUCAAGCAAAGAGGUUUUGUCGUGGGGUACGACACCCGGGGUCAAGUAACCAGCAGCUGCAGCAGCCAGAGGCUUGCUAAACUCACUGCUGCAGUCUUACUGGCCAAAGAUGUUCCUGUGUACCUUUUUUCAAGAUAUGUUCCUACGCCUUUUGUACCAUAUGCAGUCCAGGAGCUCAAAGCAGUUGCAGGUGUGAUGAUUACUGCAUCUCACAACCGCAAAGAAGACAAUGGAUACAAGGUUUAUUGGGAAAACGGUGCUCAGAUCACAUCUCCUCAUGACAAAGAAAUUCUGAAAUGUAUAGAAGAAUGUGUGGAACCCUGGAAUGGUUCCUGGAAUGAUAAUUUAGUGGAUACCAGCCCACUGAAGAGAGAUCCUCUGCAGGACAUUUGUAGGAGAUACAUGGAAGAUCUGAAAAAGAUCUGUUUUUACAGGGAAUUAAACUCAAAGACCACCUUGAAAUUUGUACAUACAUCUUUUCAUGGAGUCGGACAUGACUAUGUGCAGUUGGCUUUUCAAGUAUUUGGUUUUAAGCCUCCAAUUCCAGUACCGGAACAAAAAGAUCCUGAUCCAGACUUUUCUACUGUUAAAUGCCCAAAUCCUGAAGAAGGGGAAUCUGUGCUGGAACUUUCUUUGAGACUGGCAGAGAAAGAAAAUGCCCGGAUAGUGCUAGCCACAGAUCCUGAUGCAGACCGACUGGCAGUGGCAGAACUUCAGGAGAAUGGUGAUUGGAAAGUUUUCACAGGGAAUGAGUUGGCAGCUUUGUUUGGGUGGUGGAUGUUUGAUUGCUGGAAGAAAAAUAAAUCAAGAAAUGCUGAUGUGAAGAACAUUUAUAUGUUAGCCACCACAGUCUCUUCCAAAAUUUUGAAGGCAAUUGCACUAAAAGAAGGAUUUCACUUUGAAGAAACGUUACCAGGUUUUAAAUGGAUUGGAAGUAGGAUAAAAGACCUUCUGGAAAAUGGGAAAGAAGUCCUUUUUGCAUUUGAAGAGUCUAUUGGUUUUCUGUGUGGAACUUCAGUUUUGGAUAAGGAUGGGGUGAGUGCAGCCGUUGUUGUUGCUGAGAUGGCAUCUUACCUGGAAACCAUGAAUAUAACAUUGAAACAACAACUGAUUAAGGUUUAUGAAAAAUAUGGUUAUCAUAUUUCAAAAACUUCGUAUUUCUUGUGUUAUGAUCCAACUACCAUCAAAAGUAUAUUUGAAAGGCUUCGCAAUUUUGAUUCUCCAAAAGAAUACCCAAAGUUUUGUGGGACAUUUGCUAUAUUGCAUAUACGAGAUGUUACCACUGGAUAUGAUAGCAGCCAGCCUAAUAAGAAAUCAGUGCUGCCUGUGAGUAAAAACAGCCAAAUGAUUACAUUUACUUUUCAAAAUGGCUGUGUUGCUACUCUUCGGACAAGUGGGACAGAACCAAAGAUAAAGUAUUAUGCAGAGAUGUGUGCGUCACCUGACCAGAGUGACACUGCCUUACUAGAAGAGGAAUUGAAGAAACUCAUUGAAGCUUUGAUUGAGAAUUUUCUUGAGCCCAGGAAAAAUGGACUGACCUGGCGUUCUGUGUAGUGUUCACCAGUACAGCAUUGCUUUGCACUGGCCCAUGGAACAGAACAACCAAGAACUUCAUGCAUUGAACUUGAGUUAGCAUUCUCUCUCUGUCUCAUCUGGCUGAGUUAUCUUUUUCCUUUUCCUUUCUUUCUUUUUGGUUGGCUGACUAAACAAACUGUAUACAUUUGAAAUGAAAAGGUCUGGAGAGAAGUGAUUCAAAUUUUUUCAUAAUCUUGAACAAAAGUCAUUACAUUAAAAGUAUUAUGGUAACACGUCAUUCUUCCUUCAACAGAAACAAUACAAAUGAGUUUUCUUAUUAAAGUGUGAUUAAGCUUAGUUCCAUAUUCUUGUAAUUGUGUAUAGCACUUUUUUUUAGGCAGAUAAAUGCUAUAUAACUGUAGAAUUAGUUAAGGAAAUUAAUCCAUAGAAUUGGCAAGAAAAUGGCAUUGUUCCCAGUAUACUAUGGAAAAGUGUCAUUGUUACAUCACAGGUAUUAACUUAUAAAUUAGAGUAUUUGAAAUGAGGUAUUUAGCAUUUCUAGCUUAGAACAGAUGUUACAAUAUGUGGUUUCAGCACCUUUGUUUCAGGUGCUCUUGGUGCAGUGUAAAUUUAUUGUAUUUAUUUAAAAUUCUGACAUUUACCGAACAUAAAACAGUAGUGGCAACGUUCCUAGUGGCUUGGUUCUUGUUAAAUUUCUCAGUGCCUUCUCAGGGCACGGUUUGAAUUGAAAUAGUGUUCUUGCAUUGAAUAUAAUUUAAUCAGUUAACUUGCAGACAGUUAAAGAAAAUCUUCCAAACUAUAUAGGUGCUUCCCCUCUAUAUCAAAUAGGUUUGUUGAUUUAAAAGUGUUAUGGGGCUUCCCUGGUGGUGCAGUGGUUGAGAGUCCGCCUGCCGAUGCAGGGGACACAGGUUUGUGCCCCGGUCCGGGAGGAUCCCACAUGCCGCAGAGCGGCUGGGCCCGUGAGCCAUGGCCGCUGAGCCUCCGCGUCCGGAGCCUGUGCUCCACAACGGGAGAGGCCACAACGGUGAGAGGCCCGCGUAUCGCAAAAUAAAUAAAUAAAUAAAAU